AUGGAGGCUGCCAUGCAGCUCGAGCAAGAUGAACAUGCUGAGCAAGAUGAACAUGCUGACGAGGAGCACGCUGAGGAGCUUCACGAUGACGGACAGGGGGUUGAAGCUCCCAAAGUCAAAAAGACAAGAACGAAGAAACCGGUACCGUGCCAUGACCUGAAGAAGAUGUUCGAAGCUGGUGAGAAACGGUCCACGAAUGAUGUUGUCGACGUGAACGAGUUUUCUCAGCCCAGUGGAGGUGUUCCACUGCCAAGCCCCGCGCGAGCACUGGCAUCCGGCCAGUCAGGAAAUUUGGUCCUGAGUGCUCUCAAGAUCAAAGUAAGCUCUGUUCAGCAGGUUUCCGAGGAAGGCAUGGCCCCGCCAUUGAGGCAACUCUCAUCCGAGGAUGGCGCGGACAGACUCGAGCGUCUGAUCCUCACGGCACCAGUUGGCCUUCGGCAGCUUCUGGAUGCUGUGCCUCUCCUCGAGGCUGAGAUACCCUUGCUCGAAUCAGGCAAGGCCUUGUUCAAUCGGUUGCCGUCGGCUUGGCUCGAUGUCACCGGGAACAACACAGCGAUGGGGACUCGCUGUCUAUUCGCUUCAAGACGCCACGAGUUGUCCGUUUUCGAGCCGUUGAAGUCGGAACUUAUGUUGCAGGUUCCUCCUGCGGCGAAGGAAUGGCAACUGCCCCUCGAUCUUCCCGGCGAUGCUGCGAGGGUUGUCGAGGAGGAGGCCUGGCUCCUGCAAGUUCACCCUGGCCGACAAAUGUUGCGAGUGCUUCUCCGGCCAGGAGUGUUGCUGAUGAGGAUGGUUCGUCGAGGCCGGGUGCCGGCCGCCCGGUUCGUGUGGCGGGUCGUUGACUCCACGGAUGGAAAGGAUGGCGAGGAGAAGGAUCUUGAGGACCGAUCGACGUCCCACGCAGUCGGAGAGUUUUCAAUCCUGAGCAACUUGGAGGAUGCUGCCACCACGCAGCCACCGAACUUCUUGCAAUAUCCUUUGCGACGAGAGCAAUUGAGAUCCUUGGGAUGGAUGCUUGUACAGGAACAGCGGAGCACAGAGGAGCCUUUUGUCACAGAGCUGCGGGAGGCCGUUUCUUGUCCAGAUGCUCCCCACUGGAAGCUGGAAGGAAGCCUCCGUUGCGAGUAUCACAACGUCAAGGGCGGCGUCUUGGCGGAUGCCAUCGGCUACGGCAAAACCGCUUGCACCAUCGGCCUCGUCGACAAAACGAAGGAGGCCCCGCUCCCGGCGGUUCCGCCAUCUUUCCGAGGCUUCGUUCCGAGCCGAGCCACUUUGGUCUUGGUUCCGACGAACCUUCACAAGCAGUGGCUUUCGGAGAUCUCCAAGUUCACUGGAGAUGCGCUUAAGGUGAUCUCGGUUCCAACAUGUUCCCAGCUGAAGCGGCUGACUCUAAAGGAGCUUGCCGAGGCCGAUAUUGUGGUGUCCACAUAUCGGCUCUUCUACUCCAUGCCUUACUUGCGGAGACUCGAAGAACUCGCACGGGAGUGGUCGCAAGCCUACCGUGCUGCCUUCGAAGCCCUUCCUGGCUGGGCAGCCAAGCUUGGGAUCGAAACGGGCCUGGCUCCCGUUCGGCAGCAGCUUUUCGCCGGUGAUUCCGAGGAGAAUCGCAAGAGCAAGAGCAAAGAGAGCAAAGAGAGCAAAGAGAGCAAAGCUGCAAAUGAUGCAGCGAGCCAGGCUGCUCAAGCCGCCCAAACGAGCCAGGCAAGCCAGAAGCGGCGUCGUGUCACCGGGAAGCAAACCGGGUCUGCAACAGGCUCUGUUUCGCAGGAGACGCGCGUAUCUGACUGGCCAGAGCCGGCAUUGCUUACCCAGUAUGUCCCCUUAGAGGUCUUUUGGUGGAAGCGGAUUGUUUGCGACGAGUUUCAUGAACUUCUGAGCAGGUAUCCGCCUGCACAAGUUGCAGUGGAGUUGUUCCACGCUGACAACAAAUGGGGUCUCAGUGGGACGCCUCCUUGCCAGACCUUGGCUCAGAUACGGAAGGCAGCAGGCUUUCUAGGAGUUCAGCUUCCGCAGACACCGGCGGACACGGACAAAGAGGAACCGCGCAAGGUCGCCCAAGAGUGGCUGGACGCUUUCGUCCGCAGAAACACAGCGGAGCUGCCGCCUUUGGAGGAGGAGGAGCGUAUUGUUCCGGUUCGACAGACUGUCAAGGAGCGUGCCCUGUAUCUCGCCUUGACGCAGCAGCACCAACUCACCCAGGAACUUGGGCUUACAGACACGCAAUCGCAUGACCUUCCACAGCAGAUCAGGGCCUUGAAAGGCGUUGGACAGACUACCUGUGGACUGCUCAAGCUUUGCAGCCACUUUUGCUUCUCUGGUGCCUCCGACGUGCUGACAGCCGAAGACGAGUGCCAAAAGCAGGUGGCACUGAGAAGAGAGCGGAUCCUGCGGGCUGAGAGGGAAAUCAAAGCGCAGGCGGAAAGGGCCGCCUCGCUGGCACAGCUCAUCGGUCACUUCGAACCUCUCUUUGGGAAGCAGCCAGAUGAAGUCAACUGCCCUCACAUCUGCAAGGAGUCCAAGGGUGUCCUGACCGCUCGCCUGAAGUUCAUGGGCGUCAAGGCCCUGGGCAACAAGGCCGAGCUUUCAAAGACUCUCUUCGCCACGGCCGAGCAGCGCAGUGCCGGGUUGCGGAGCUUCGCUCUGGCCAGGGCAUUCGACACGAAGCUGGCGAGCAAGGUCUCUGCCUCUUGGUACCAGGACGCCGAAGAAGGAGGCAAUGCAGAAGUGGAGUGGAAGAAGAUCUUGGACAUGCUUGAUGCAGAUGUAGGUUUGGAUGCGGGUGCCGGAAGAGUACAGGAAGCCAUGAAACAGGCAGUGGCCGUCUUUCCGUGUCAAAGGCGUGAUCCGCCUGCGAGAUGUGCAAAACUGCGGAAGCACUUGGGAAUGCCCCAAUGGUCCGGCAGCGAGGAGGAGCAUGCCGACGAGCUGGCAGCGACCAACUGGAAAUGGCGCAGUGUUCGAGAGAAUGCCCAGAACUUGCAAAAGUUUCUGAAGGCAUGGAAGGAAGACCUUCUUUGCUCAGUGCAGCGCUUGCAGGCGUCCCAGGCAGGGCUGCAAGACAAGCUUAGAAGCCUGUCCUCUUUCCAGGACACCUUGCAUGCAUCGCAAGCGGAAGCUUUCGAGGAGCUACAGGACGAAGGAUCAAAAUUCGCAAAGUACGGUUCGAAGAUUGAGACGCUUGUGAAGCACACGCAGAAGAUCCAGCAGGCAGAUCCUGCGGCCAAGAUGAUCUGCUUCGUCCAAUGGGAAGACUUAAAGCGAAAGAUCAGCUCGGCCUUGGAAGAGUUUGGAGUGCCUCACCACGUCUUGCAGGGAAGCGUGUGGGGUCGGCAGGCUGCGCUCAGGCGCUUCCAGUACGAAGACUCCGGACCGCGCAUGCUGCUUCUCUCGCUCGAGGAGUCAGCCAGCGGGACUAACCUCACAGCUGCCAACCACGUGCUCAUCGUUCAUCCGAUGGAGGCACAGUCUCAAGAGGAGGCUGUGGCCUUCGAGAUGCAGGCUGUUGGACGCGUGCGUCGCCCUGGCCAGCAGAAGAAGAUUCACAUUUGGCGUUUCGUGACACUGGACACGAUUGAGCAACAGAUUACGGAGGAGCAUCAGAAGGAGCUGUGGGAACGUCAAGCCGUGAAGAUCCACAUCCAUGAGGCGGCCGAGCAGGACUCGGAGAGCGAGCUUGACUGCGAUGCUGAGGCUGAUGUCGGCGAAGCAGGAAAUGCUGCGCAUGUCUUUGAGCAAGCUACUCAGUGCUACAUGUCGACGGAUCCACCCAUGGCAAAAGGCAUCGAGGAGGACGAAGAAGUCGCGCUUGGCUCAGUCAUUGACAACAAGACCGGCGAGCUACUUGUUGGCACGCGUUGGCAUUUUGUCAGCGUGGCUGUCGCAUGCAGGCAAGAUGCAGGUCACGUCAGGUGA